CCGAUCCCCGGUCUUCCGCAAUUCCAAACCCUAGCACGCCGCUGUUUGUGGCGCACGGCGGCGCACCUUCCUCCUGUCUGUUCCAAAAGCGGAGGACGCGCGAGCCGCGCCCCUGUUAACCCUCUGUCAAUCUGAUCCGCCGGCGCUACCACGGAUCUGUUACGAUAUUGAAUUCAGCAACGAAGGAUCCGUCUUCAGAAGAAAUUAUACUCGACUAGCCAUUACUCUUCUCGUUCAAUUCAUACCCUUAAUUGGGAAUUUUUUAUGUUCUGUUCCACCAGCAGGCAUCGUACUAUGGAUCCGGUGAAGGCGAUCGAGAUGGGUGUCCACUCUUCCCCCCACUCAAUUCAACCAUGCUCCCCAGGAUGGUUUAUGCUUGAUACUGCAGUUGUCCUUGGAAAGCUUGACAAUAACACCGAGGGCACAUUCCGCUCGGAUGCGGGUUUGAACUUCUCCCUUUACCUUGACGUUACUAGUCCGCCGGCCUGCUCUCAUGUAUACCUUGACUGCCCAGAUGCCGUGGCACCCCCAACAGAAGAGCACGGCUUCUACGGGGCUUCCUCCGUUGUUGCUGCCGAUGGCGAACUCCUGCUUGUUUGCAUUGUGGUGCCUGUGAAGGAGGAGUACGGGUACAGCUACCCGGAAGAAUACUUUAUUUACCAUGCCAGCCCCGUUAGGCCCCUCAAUUAGGCGCCUGCCUUUCGAUGACUGGGCGCGACGGCCUGGGGUUCUUGGUAUCACUCGUUGUGGCCGCAGAGAGGGUUUUAUGGUCGUGACCUUCAGAAAAUUGUUAGUCGUCGGGGAUACGUCUGAAGACACUGACAAGGAGUUGGUUGAACUUGGUAGGUUCUCCGAAAGGGACCCACUGUGGCGUGUGCAGGAAAUAGAGUUGCCGUAUGACCUUGAUAUACAUGAGAGCAGGCCGGCGGACAAUGCUGCACUUCCGAUUGUGGGAGCCGGAUUAUCGUGACAGUAUAUGGUUAGUCAGUAUCGACAUGAAGGCACAGAUACUGAUGUCCUGGAAGAAGUACAGUAAAGCUGAGCAGCAUGAUGAUUACAAGGGGUUGUUUAUGUACAAACCAUCCCUAUGAUAUGUACAAAGACCAUGCAUCAGGAGGUUUCCACCUAAUGAGUUGCCUCAAGGACGUUCCAACACUCAAAGGUGAUAAUUACUCUGAGUGGAAUAAGAAAGUUGAUAUGACUCUUGUUUGCGUUGAGGUGGACUGGAUUCUGGAAAAACCACAGCCCGUUAAGCAUUCAGAGCCAGUCAGAGACGCCAAUGAUGAUGAUGAUGCAUGGGAGAAAAAGAAGUGGGAUCAUGCCACAGUGGAGAUGUCCUACUCCAUAAGCAACCAAAAUUGGGUAAAUGCCAACAAAAAGUGUUUGUCAUUUAUAAAGAACACAAUUGAGACAUCCAUUAUGGGACUCAACUGCAGAGUGCACUUCCGCAGAGGAGAUGCUAAAAAAGGUAAAGAGCCAGUUCACCCGCUCUUCAAAGACAUAUGCCACCCACUUGAUAAAACAAGUGGUCACACAGAGCUACACUGGAGGUGGCCAUGGCAUAAGAGAGCACAUCCUUCGGAUGAGCAAUACGGCAGCCAAGCUCAAGCCCAUGGAUGCAUAUGUGGAGAUCAAACCAGCUUUCCUCGUCCACCUGUUUAUAGUUUCGCUGCCAAAGGAAUUUGAGACUUUUGUUGUGAAAUACAACAUGCAGCUUGAUACAUGGGACAUAGAAAAGGCAAUAGCAAUGUGUUCCCAAGAAGAGGAGAGAAUCAAAGCUUCACAUGGUGGCUCCCUGAACUAUGUGAAGGAAAAGAAAAAGAAGUUCCAACCCAACAAAGGUUCUCCCUCAAAGCCAUAUGGUAAAGGUCAGCGGGACCUUUACCAUAUGGCUUUGAGGUAGGACGUUUGUUGGUUUGGAAAUUCUUUUUGCUUUUUCUUCACAUAGUUCAAGGAGCCACCAUGUGAAGCUUUGAUUCCCUCCUCUUCCUGGAAACACAUUGCUAUUGCAUUUUCUAUGUCCAUGUAUCUGCAUGUUCUAGUUCACAACAAAAGUCUCAAUUGUGUUCUUUAU